UGAAAAGAGGCAUCCAUUUUCUUGUUCCCUUGUCCUCCUGCUGGUCCUACCAUUCCAUCGUGUUCUAUUCCAAAAUUAUAGUUUUGCUUUAUAAUCUGGUCAUUUCACGUUGUUAAUCAGAGCCUCUCAUCAUUCCACCCAAGACCGUCCAAAAGUCCAAAAAUCACUUCAAAAGCCACAAAUUUCCAAGUUCCUUCCCUCCAAAGUCCAUACCUGCGUUACAGCAUCGCCUCACCCUCCCAACAAAGUCAUCCCUCAACCUUAUUUAUAAACCACAACAGAGAUUGCCUCUGCAAGUGUUUGCUUGUGGAGGCUGAAAAUGUGUAAUAUGGCCUACAACAAUCUUGGCAACGGCAGAAGAUCCUGCCACGGAAACAGAGGAUUUAGGCUGAAUACCAAAAGAUUUUCGGUGCAGCGAUUUCGUGCAAGGUUCGUUUAUUUGUUCAAGCUCUUAAAUAGUUGGAGAUCAUCUUAUGGGCAAGCUCUAAAAUCACUAAAGAAAGGUCUUGGCAGAAGAAAUAGCAUCAACAUAAAUAACAGCGGCGUCGGCAGCAACAGCACCAUGAGUUUGGUUUUGAAGGUCCCCAACAUGGGUCGAGCCGACUGUAGGUUGAGAUCUUUUGGGAGGUCCAACUCUUUCUAUGCCGAGGCCAUUGCAGAUUGCUUGGAGUUCAUCAAGAGGUGACAUUCACGAGAAAGUUCUCCGGGGGUAUGAAUGAACAUAUUGCUCAUUUUAUUCUACCUUAAGUAUUUGCCAGCUUUCCAAGGCAAAUAUAGAAGAAGGAGCACUUUUCAUGAAAACCGUGGGGGUUAAGUUUCUAGCAUCUUUCAACAAGAAAACAACAGAGAAAGAUUUUGUAAAAAAUAAGAAGAUGGCAGUUAUCGUAUAUAUUUUUGAAGAAAAGUUUUAUAAGAAUAAAUUCAUAUUUUAUAAUAAAUAAAAAUUUACAAUGUGUCUUAUUAGGUCUA